AUGUCUCAAAGCUCGGGCAAUGGAUCCAUCCCGGUUCUACAACGCGUCGGACUCGCGGGGGCUCUAGCUCGACUUGGCCAACGCUCCUAUGCGGCCGACUACAUCGCAUUGGGGUUCCUGGCGUUGGGUUGGAUGCUGAUCCAAUUCAUGAAUCCUUUCCAUCGAAUGUUUUCCCUCGACAACAAGGCCAUCAUGUACCCAUUCGCCGUCCAUGAGCGAGUUCCCGUUUUAUGGUCGGUCAUACUCGCCGGUGUGAUUCCCUUCGGCAUUAUCCUCACUUGGUCUGCUAUGUUGCGUCCCGGGGUACAAAAGACACAAGUCACGGUGCUCGGGCUACUGGUAGCUCUGAUGUUGACAUCUUUCCUGACGGACUUGGUCAAAAAUGCAGUGGGAAGACCUCGUCCAGAUCUACUUUCUCGUUGCAAGCCCGCUCGAGGCACGUCAGCCAAUGUGCUGGUUUCAUGGACCGUCUGCACCGAGACCAACCAGCUAAUCCUCCAAGAAGGCUGGCGCAGUUUUCCCAGUGGGCAUAGUAGCUUUUCAUUCGCUGGCCUGGGUUAUUUCUCGCUUUUCAUCUGCGGCCAAAUGCAUGUUUUCCGUCCUCGGACGGACCUCGGCCGAUGUCUCCUGGCAUUCUUUCCCCUUCUCUGUGCUCUUAUGGUUGCCAUUUCUCGCCUGGAUGACUACAGGCACGACGUGUGGGAUGUGACUUGCGGUGGGCUUUUGGGUAUGCUUGUGGCCUGGUUCUCCUACCGCCGCUACUACCCACCUCUGCGAUCGGUGAUCUGUGAUCACCCCUGGAAAAAGGGUGAACUUGGAAGUAUGGAAGGAUUUGCUAGGCUGGAUGAUGAGGAGCAGGCUUUGUCGCGGCCGCUCAUUCUGCGCGAAGGUCCUGUGUCGGAAGAAACUUACCAACUGGAGGAAACCCAGCCAUCGCCGCGAGUAUAA